CACUCACUCACUCACCACCACCAGUGUGGUGGAACUGGCUUACUCACUAACGUUCACCUUGUUGAGCCGUUGUGAAUAUAGCCAUCUCUCUCAGACUUCGCCACCCACCUGUCAGUCGCGCAGUGUUUGCCGAGACCCUGAUACACGUUGUUGGGAGCGCACCUACUCUGUGCUGGUCCAUGAAGGUUGUGAUACAGUGAAGCUGAAAAGAUGAGUUCCGUUCUUGCGCCAGCAUCUUUACAGCAGAUCUGCCAGGCUGCUGCAGCAUCAUGGUUGUUGGACUGGUCGGGUAUGAUUGGCCAGAUAUCAGCUAGGACUGCUGCCCUGCGGACCCAGAGAAAGAGCAUCGGAGAAGACAGUGCAGCGCACUCGGCCAACUAUUCAAGAGUUGUUCAGAACUCCGCUUCUCUUGAGAGUCAAUGGCGUGAAGAUUACGAAUCAACAAACGAAGUCCAUUUCCAAGGCGAUGUUUACAAGAAAUUUGGGAGCGGCCGUUACAGAAAGAAACCCAGAAGAGAUGACAGAAUCGUCACUGUAGACCCUAGCGUACCUGAGCGCUAUGUAGACCCUUUGAUAUCAGAGUAUCUAGGGUACUGUAGCCAUAGAUCGUAUGAUACGUGUUUUAGGCACAACCCAAGGGGAAUUUCCAGUUGUACAUCAAUCCAGCCAUCUUUUGAUAGAGCGGUCUUGGAUGGGAGUGUAAGAAUUUGUACGUCAUUUUUCAAACAGCUUUUGCCACCUGCUCUGGUUAAUCAGAUUUUAAUUCUAGCAUGGAAGCAGGUUUCCAGACUUGUUUGUUUUACUAGACAUAGUCACCCUAGUGAAGUAUACCAAGUGGCAGACUGGGUGAGAAGAGUGCCAGCUUUACUUCAGUUGUGUACAAAUUUUUCCGCAAAAGGUCUAGCAUUAGACAUAUCAGGCAUUCCAAACAGUUUAAUAGAGGACGUUCUCGUGAUAAUUAGUCAAUAUUUUCCUUUUAAAAUCGUAGGUAGCCUUGUUCUCCCCAAAACAGACUUUAAGGAAAAACAGCUUGGCUUUACUGAUAAGUGUACAAAAUUAUAUAACGAUAUAUUGUUGAGUGCUGCUCUGACCAGUGUGAUACUGAAUAGCGAUUUAUGUAAUGACGCCAUGCUCAGUACCCUUUCUCAGCUUCCACUGAAAGAGCUUGAAAUAGGUGGAAAUUCUGUCUCUGAGAAAGGUAUCAUAAACGGAUUGUGCGCCUUACCCGUCGAUACAAUCAGUGAGGCAAACGACAUAAUCAGUUCCGGACAUUUGCAAUCCUUUUGUGCGUCUCCUCUAAGAAAAUCACUGCAAAAGCUAGAAAUGUCUUUUCAACGUCUCCAUAGUUCAGUUUUUCAUAUAAUUCCAGCAGUUUUUUUAGAGUUGCGAUAUUAUAACCCACACAGAAAUGUGGUGCAAUGUUUACUGAACUUUGAUAGAAUUCUACCUGUGGAAAACAAUAACAGUGCAUCUAUUUCUUCUCAAGCUACUGUUAAUCUAGUCAGAUUAAAUGCAGGGAAUUCAAGCAGAGCUACGUUGAACGUGAUGGCUAGGAUUUGUCCCCAUUUACAAGAACUUGUCCUCACACUCGAUUCAGCUGCAGAAGACACACUGACUGCAUUAGAAAACUUCCCACAUUUGUCUCGCAUAGAAAUCUUAUACUUUCCGUCACUUCCAGCUUCUCAACCAAAGUUAGAUGCUAAUAUUUUACAUAAUGUCAUUGAAGUGUUUGGAUCACAGCUCAGAUACAUUAGUAUGACAGGAUUCAGUGUUUCAGGAAGUGUCCUGAGUGAUUUAUCGCAACUCCCAGAGCUUUGCAACUUGAGUUUUAAUGAUUGUUGGUUAUCUAACCCAAAAACUUUACCAUGCAGUCCAUUCCCAAGUUUAGGUAAACUGAGUCUGAACUUUCUCCCGGCUAACACCACAAUGCAGUUUCUAACAAUGGGUGGCAAUGUACACUCACUGCACCUGGACCUGAAGGGAUUAGAAUGGGGUAGCAAUCCGCUUACUGAUUCUAGCAUCAGAGAUCUGGUUUCAUUUGGAAUUCUUAGAUCUUUACGCACUUUCACUGCCACGUCAUCUUAUUUAACGACAGAUGCUCUCAGCUUACUAGCAUCGAUGCCUUAUAUAAAGUCUGUAGGAUAUCUUUCUUCUUGGGGAUUAACGGAAGAAGAGCUCUGCUGCGUGAACCAUUCUGGCCCUCAGCACGUAGUGUGUUAUCAGUGAUCUCUUAUCAAGGGAACACUCCCCGUAAAACUACUAAAACUCUGGGCUUUGAAUAUCAUCAAUUAGUCGUAUUUUCCUUACUAUCGAUCAAGUUUUUUCAUUCUUGUUUUCAUUCUGACACUAAAAGGGGUAGCUUUUAUGUAAAAUAAGACGCCCAUCUUCUUUUCGGCAGCUUUCAUUUAAUUCCAGAUGAGCAUUAGACUAGCCAGAUAUCCUUAGAAAAAUGAAGAUUAAGUUGCAAAUUUUUACACUAGUAUCCGACGUGAAAACGAAAAGUUUUCAUGGUUUUUUUUGCCAAAAACUUUUAGGUUUUCUUUUGUGUAAAGCAUGUUUUCUUUCCAUACAUUCUUUCUGCAAAUGUUGUGGAACUUUGUCUUGCAAGAAUGAGGAGAGUCUCUGAUAGACUUUUGAAAUCUUAUUUUAGGGAUAUAUCUAUUCAUGGCAUGAUAUUGGUCAACAUGUGAACCAGAUUGAUAUGCUGUCGAAGUCAACUUAGAAUAUGCGGGUAUUAUCUGCUAUAUAUGUUGUCGACUUGGCAAGUGCCUUUUGAAGGAAACGCAAUGAAUGUGAUCUUGUUUGUGAAAUCCAGAUUAUUUUUCCAAGCUUUCUGUUUUUUCGUUUUGUUUAUCUUUUUUUCCUUUAUUAAAGGAAAGCCAAAUUGGUUCUGUGUGGUAUAUACUAUGUAUAUUGUAACUACCACUUUUUACAAUAUAAUCUUUUCAGUU